AUGCACGUGCGCUUCAGUAAUAAUCUCGUGCUAGACGGCCGCCCGCCACACACACCGACCGUUUACACCCACCCUCUCCCUCUCUCUAUGUGCCCGUCCGCGCACGAAUCUCAACGCAGUGGCUACGCACGUGUCGAUGGUGUCACUGUGAAUCCCACCCAACACGUGCGAGCUGCGUCCGAAUCACGUCAAUGGCCCUCGUUGCGCCACGUCACCCCGAUCACCCGAGUGGUCAUUACACAAGCGUUACUCGCGGUACGAUUACAACAAAUCACCGACCACUUGUUAUAUCUAACGGCUCCCAAGCGACGCAGAAGAGACAGUGCGCUCACACUCACACCCAUCUCCCCCUCCGCACCGUCGAUCUCCGCGGCGACGGCCCUGAUCAAGGACGGGGUCACGUGCACAAUGUGCGCCUCGUGCGACAACCCGUGCCAACCCCUCCCCUCCCCUCCUCCUCCUCCGCCGACCACCGCCACGUGUCCCCCGCCGCCGUCGUCCGUGUACUACCCGGCGCCGCCGCCGCCGAACCCCUUCUUGCCCUACUUCCCGUUUUACUAUUAUAGCCCUCCCCCUCCCGGUAAUUACAUCUCCGCCACUCCCCCUUCCAUAAACAACCCCGUCUCCUCCUCUCCCCCGCUUCUACCCCUCCUCCUCCUCCUCUCCCCCCUCCUCUUCCUAUAACAUCCCAAAACCUCGGAGGGGUAUUUUGGGAAUUCGGAGGCUACCACCGAUCUCGCUCUGUAAAACUCCCUUUUUCUCAUCUCUUAAUUUCUCUUCUUUUUUUUUCUUUUUUUUUUUCUUUGUAAUUUUUAUGUUGGGCCUCUAGUGUUGUUGUGAUUGUAAUAAUAAUAGUAAUUAGUAAUAAUCACAGGCGGGGGGGAGGAAUGGAAAAUUAGGAUGAAAUGAAAUAAGGGCGAAUUGUUUAUGGUGGGGAUUAUUUCUAGUUUAUUAGUAAUUGUUAGCAAAGUGUAUAAUUAUUAUUAUUAUUAUUAUUAUUAUUAUUUUUAGAUGGUUAUAUAACUUGGAGAAUUUGGUGA